AUGGACGAACCUCUCCAGCAGUGGCGAGACCAACGGGAAACGGGAGAGAGACACCGGAAACCUACCAUUUGUUUUUUGGUGAGGUUUGACGCCGCUCCGUUGGAGGCUGCCGACGGCGUGUUUCGCGGCGCUCAGGCAUUUCGAUCCCCUUCGGAGAUUGUGGUGCCGUUGAAGAUGGCACUUGAAGAGGCCUCUUUGACUGCUUUACAGUCUGACUUCAUGUCUCGCACAUUCCGUCGAUUUCCACAGCUCUCGAAUCGUACUGUGGAAGCCUUUUUCGUUAGUGCUGAGGAACAUUUUAUGGCGUCGAGCACAGGCUUGAGCCGCCCGUACUUGUUGCGUCUAGAUGCGUGCAUGAACGGGGAUGAUACACUGGAUAGCUUUUUUACCCCUGUAGCUACAAAUGCUCCUAUUGUGUAUGAAGUCAUUGCACACUGGGCCCCUGAAAAACUGACGGACACCGUCUCCAGUCACAUCACCUUGGAGGGAGAAGAAGAAGAGGAGAAUGGAGACGCGUUACCCAGUGACACGGUCUUAGAGGAUACCAUUCCGGCACCUGUUGUUUACCCUUUUGCACAUCGUUGCACCUAUGCGAGAUUGAUACCAAUUCAGCCAGAGACUCCGGUCACAGAUGGUUCUACGAUUGAUGAAGUGAAGGCAGAAGCCCCUCCUAUUCUCAACGCCAUGAGGAGGAAAGAAGCCGCACGAAUGGCGCGACGGGAGAUGGAAUUUGUGGAGGGCACUGAACGAAGGAAACUUCUUGAGGAAGAGCAUAGCGCACGCGGUGCGGUUGCUGAAUUAGAAGAAGAGAGCCGAAUACGAACAGUAACACUGCUUCGUUUGAUGUAUGAUGACGUUCCGGAAUGUGGCGUCAAUUACAUUCAAUCACUUGCACCAAGACAGCGCUACCCGGUGGACACGUUGCCGCUCGCUCCCUUUCCGAGUUCAGUGUAUAUGAAGGGAUUAUCGAAGUGUGCGGAAGAAACUGCCCGGCUUUCUCAUGUCUUUGCGACAACCGGGAUAUCUGGCUCGGCGGCGGCCGCCACCAAACGUGAAGAUACUUUGGUUACACCUGUUCCGGCUGAUAAAUUAAACACCGAAAAAAUUCAAGAAGAAACCCAGGAGGCUAUUCCGUGUUCCGACACCGGGGAAGAACUCGUCCGGCACUAUGCCGAUUUGCGCCGCGACUUAUUAUUAUGGGAGCGUACGACGUUUCGGGCUCUUACGACGGAAAUGCGUCGCAUUCUUGAAAAACAGAAAAAAAUAGAUGAGGAAAUUGUGCAAGGGGCUUUUUUGGAGGAGGUGGAAAACGCAUCUAUACUUGACUUUGACAGCUAUGCACAUCAUUACAGCCAUGAACAUCUUCUUGAGGGGCGCAGCGACACUCCGGACACGGUGACAAAUUACAUUCCUGGUGAAUGCAAGGGUUCAAGCCAUGUGGCGUCUCUCGUCUUCAAGCGACCUACAGAAUCGCCUAAGUUUCCAGCGGCGCAGAAGGAGGUGGAGACCACUGCAGGAGCUGAGGUGGGGGCAACCCCCACAACUUUAUCUUUACCAGGGGCUAUUGGAACACCUUCUCUUUCUCUGCCAAGACCACGUUCUCCUCGUUCCCUUUUGGCGGAAGAGAAGCAGUUUCGUGAGGCACUGGAGCGAAGCAAAGCGCGCGCCAAGGCGGCUUUGGAAGCUAUUGCCCUUGUUGACAGGCACUGGCAUGAGCCUGUUGCGUUUAAGCUUGCGAAGCAUCGACUUUUGCUUGAUGAGAAGGGGUCGAGAAAUGCGAUCCUUGCAGAGGAGAUGGAGAGCUGGGAGAAUCAUGUUAAAGAAGUCAAAAAAGUAGAAAUAGGUUGGGUAAUGAAAGCCAUUUCUGCUCGAAAGCAUCUUUUUGGUCCAGUUAUUGGGGAGGAAGAAAAGUUUAGAGCAGAUCUUGACGAGCAACAAGAGCGGCAUUUUGCAAUGCUUCUUUCCUUGUAUUAUCUGGGCAUGGAGAGAUAA